GUCGCGGUGUAUUUUGGGAGGUGGAGGUAGUGGAGCUCCUUGGUUUUCGCCUCCUCCAUCAGAAUAAACACAGUUAUGGUUCCGCCCCGGGGAGACACAUGCACAUCUACCCGUAACUGGUGACCCGUUCCCGGACACUUUCUUCUCCUUUCACCGCCCCCACACUUCCAGCCGAGCCGAGAGAGAGGACCUAGAUGGCGGACAGGACCGAGGAGGAAGAACCGGCGAUGUGACGCUGCACAUCCGCCGCUUUCUUUAAAUACCACCGCAGUUCGCCAGCCAUUGAUUUAUUUCACCCGGAAAUCUCCCUGCAUCUUGAACGGAUACCGCAGCCGGUUGUUGGUUCUUUUUUCCGGGACAGUUUCUCCGUUGGAGCCGCCGGUUCGUCCCAACGAACAUAGCGUUAGCUAGCUAACAGGAAACACAGCCUCCCCGUUUUCCCCGUGGUGGUCGAGGGGAACCCACAGCCGUGUCCCCCCUUCGCCUCCAUCCUCCCUGGAUGUGUUUCUCCCCUUUGUCCCCAGAUGCAGCUCAAAGUGAGCCGGCGAGCAGCGGGUCGUGUAGCGGGCGGUUAGUGUUGGCCGACAUGGUGCGAUAACGUUAGUGAAGGGAUCCGGGGGGGACGAAUCGGAGUGGGGGCCUCGGUCUGGGCUGUUGUUUCAGUGUGUCCCUUUGAGGAGGCUCCGGCUUCGGCCGCCGGCCAUGAGGUGACGGUCGCUCCCCUGGUUGUUUUUGUUUAACGCAUUAAAUUAAGCUGGAUCACUGCCGGUGAUCCGUGCUGCCUUCACGGCCAGGAACAAUGAGGGUGGUGUGAGACGCGAGGCGGUGUUUUUCUGAUACUAGUGCGACUGACAACCAGGCUGAUCCGGGGGCUGGUGUUUCUUUCCCCACCCCGCUGUGAACACAAACCUUCGGCCCACUUGUUGUUUUUCACCCCCUGGACGGCGGAGAGCACUCGGGGACGAACAUGUCUAUACGCACGCCACUGCCUGGGAACGAGCGGAAACCAGACCAUCAUGCCUCCCUGUCGGCCAGCCGCUCAGAGAAGGGAACUGGCUGGUCAAGCCGCUCACUUGGGGCCAGAUGUCGUAACUCCAUCGCUUUGUGUUCAGACGAGCAGCCGCACAUCGGAAACUACCGGCUGCUCAAAACUAUUGGCAAGGGUAACUUUGCCAAGGUCAAACUGGCCCGGCACAUACUAACCGGCAAAGAGGUUGCAAUUAAGAUCAUCGAUAAAACACAACUCAACCCAACCAGCCUCCAGAAGCUGUUUCGAGAGGUACGCAUCAUGAAGACUCUCAACCAUCCUAACAUAGUGCAGCUGUUUGAGGUGAUUGAGACGGAGAAGACACUCUACCUGAUCAUGGAGUACGCCAGCGGAGGCGAAGUGUUCGACUACCUCGUGGCUCAUGGCAGAAUGAAGGAGAAAGAGGCCAGAGCUAAGUUCAGACAGAUUGUGUCAGCAGUUCACUACUGUCACCUGAAGAAAAUUGUUCACAGAGACUUGAAGGCGGAGAACUUGCUGUUGGACGCAGAUUCCAACAUUAAAAUAGCCGACUUUGGCUUCAGUAACGAGUUCACUGCAGGCAGUAAACUGGACACGUUCUGCGGUUCCCCGCCCUACGCCGCCCCAGAGCUCUUCCAGGGUAAGAAGUACGACGGUCCAGAGGUGGACAUCUGGAGCCUGGGCGUCAUCCUGUACACGCUGGUCAGUGGGUCAUUGCCCUUUGAUGGACAGAAUCUAAAGGAGCUGCGAGAGCGUGUUUUGAGGGGGAAAUACCGCGUUCCCUUCUACAUGUCCACCGACUGCGAGGGCAUCCUGCGCCGCUUCCUGGUCCUGAACCCGACCAAGCGCUGCUCGCUGGAGCAAAUUAUGAAAGAUAAAUGGAUCAACGUCGGGUUUGACUGCGAGGAGCUGAAGCCCCAUGGAGAGCCUGUGGAGGACUUAAAUGAUAACGGUCGCAUUGAUGUGAUGGUGGGGAUGGGCUUCACCAGGGACGAGAUCAGAGAGUCUCUGUCUAGUCAGAAAUACAAUGAGGUCACCGCCACAUACCUGCUGCUGGGACGCAAGACUGAGGUUGAUGGCAGUGAGUCUCGGACGGGCAGCAGUCUGAGUCUCGCUCGAGUGCGGCCCGGCACCAUCACCAACGGAACCAGCAAACACUCCACUUCCUCUUCCUCCUCUGGUGCACCUUCUACAUCCUCUGGCCACAAGCCACAGCGCAGCGCCUCGACGUACCACCGCCAGAGACGACAUUCUGACUUCUGUGGUCCAGCGGUUCCAGGAUCCACGCUCCCAAAGCGGAGUCCCAGUGGUGUCGGUGAAGGGGCGGCAGUCAAAGAGGAGCGACUCUCAAUACGCAAGCCGACCACCAAUACCGUCAGCUCCCGUAGCACCCCCACCCCCUCUAGUCCCAUGGUCAGCUCUGCUCACAACCCAAAUAAGGCAGAGAUACCUGACCGGCGUAAGGAGGUGAACUCAACCACGAAUAACGUCCCUGCUAGUGCCAUGACUCGAAGAAACACAUACGUCUGUACGGACCGAUCCAGCACUGACAGACAGACACUGCUGCAAAACGGCAAAGAAAACAGUACCUUAUCCCAUCGCCUUCCCCCUGCCUCCCCCUCUACCCACAGCAUCGCUGGCACCUCUGGGGCCUCCUCUUCAUCCUCAACACCCUCCUCCCGCCUCUCCAGGGGAUCCACGGUAAGGAGCACUUUCCACGGAGGGCAGAUCAGGGACCGUCGUCCUCCCUCUCAUGCUCCCCCAGCGUCCCCAACGCCAUCCCACGAUGCCAGCCCAAUCCCCCAUGCCAGGACCCGGGCCACAGGCAACCUGCUCAGCAAACUCACCUCCAGGUUGACCCGCAGGGUCACUCUUGACCCUACUAAACGUCAGGGCUCAAACAAGUCCAUGUCGGGCUGCACCCUCCCACAGGGGACAAAAACAGUUAGGUCACAGACGAACCUGAGAGAAUCAGCAGAUCUCCGGUCACAAGCCUCAGCUGCUCCAGUCCAGUGUCAGUCUCAGAUUAAAAACAGCAGUCGCCAUAUAUCUGGGCAUCAGAAGGCGGCCGAGCCCCGGACCCCCCGAUGCGGAUGGGAUGUGAGGGUGCGGAGCCCCCGCGACCCGGCCGAGGUGGUGCUAGCACUGCGUGAGGCGGCGCAGGGCUGUGGCUGCCAGGUCCACCUGGCAGGGCCUUUCCUCCUGUCCUGUACCCAUGGAGCAGCCGGCGCCCGGGUGGCGUUUGAGGCCGAGGUCUGCCAGCUGCCCAGCGGGCUGGGCCAGAGCAGCGGUGUGAGGUUCAAGCGCCUGUGGGGGGCACCGUUAGCCUUUAGAGACAUCGCAACCAAAGUGUCCAAGGAGCUGGAGCUCUGAGGGCGACAGGAGGUGGGGCAGGACUGAUGACCAACAGGACAGGUUGAUGGAGGAGGAGGAGGAGAUGGCAGAGAGCAUCGCCUCUUCUUCCUCCCUGGGUUCCACCUCAUGUGAUGCGGCUAGCGAUGCCUCGCCUCCACCAAAGACCCUCUUCCUCUGAUGCCACCAAUCACAGCCAGACAAACCGAUGCACAGACACAGAUAGACGCCAUCGGCAGACUUAUGAUGACUUUGAUCUUGGAGAUGUCAGUGACCUAUGACCCCUGCUUAAAAUGUCACCACCUCCAUCAUAUGUGAGCCCAUGGAGUCAAAGAGUUUUAGUUUCUUUUCACAAUUUCUUGUUUAAUGAUAAGAAUGGAGUUGCUGAGAGUGAUGGAGACUGAGGAUUUGUUGUUGUUAAUGUUGUUUUUUCCUGUUGUACCACAUUUGUCGUCAUUCCCUUUUAAAGAGCUGCUAUUUAAAGAAAAGUUUUAGAUUUUCUGUGUAUUAAGUUUAUUUUCUUUCUUUAAUGCUUUUGAAAUGGGCAGAGGUCUGUUGUCUUCCUUGGAAGCGGCCGCCACGUAUUUAAUGUAGUGAGGGCGCAGUCUGACCUCUAGCCUGUAGAGGGAGACAUGCAGAACUGCAGAGACUUGUGACAGAUUGAAUGAAGAACCUCCACCUCUCUGCCCUUCCUUUGGAAAAAGCCCAAUUUAACGCUCAGUUGGGUGUUUGCACCAUUUCUGGUAAAGUGUUGUCCUCUCUGCAGGUGAGUGUUUUUACAGACGAGUGAAGCUGCCUAAUGACACAGGACCCGAGCUGAGAUGUUGAAAACCUGAGAUCUGUUCCUCAAUAUAUUUUCAACAAGUAGAAAUCCUUUUUAAAACUUGAAAACUACAGAACAAUUUGUUGGUUUGGAAAAAUCUGGAUCUCCACCUGGAAUCACAGUUUGAGUUCUUAUUUUCUUCUUUUGUCACAACAGGAACAGCAGCUUCUAAUCUGGAUGUACACAAACAACAGAGCUAACUGUUAGCAACUUUUAAUAUUUAGCACAUAUCGAAUGCUUUUAUUCUUCAGUGCCACAAAUACUGAAAAAAAAAAACUAAAUUUCUCAUCCAAUACAAGUUUUCAAUUUGAUCACCGGUCGAAUGUUGUGGCUUUUAUUUUUGACUAAUCUUCGCUUUUAUCUGGUGCGAUUGUAUUUUAACACUGAAUGAUACAGAAACAAGAAAAGGCGAAUUUUCAAGGCAGAUAUUAAAUAUUUCAAAAAAUGAAUGAAAACUGACAUGAUGAUGGAGAAACUUGUUGGUUUCUCAAAGUUUUCACUUAAAAUUAAUAAAUAUAUGUAACUCUUACUGGUUUAGAAUAGAUGGAGGUUUAGCUGACGUACUUCUCCUGGUAGCGCUUCGUCAUAUCUUUACUGUGUCACCUGUCAGGAGGCCUUCGUCAUCUCUUCCCUCAGGUGAAGUGCAAUAACAGACCCAAGGUCCAGAAUUCAGACUUGAUAAAAGUAUUGAUGGCUCACUUUUUAUCUUUCUGAUAUGUUGUUCAAAUCAUCAAGCACUUUUUUGUUUUUCUCUUAGUCAGGAUGUGAUCACUGUUCUGGCAGUGUGUUGAAUUCAUCUGCAUUUAAAGCCCAGUCAAAUAGAUAAUUGAAAUAUUGAAAUAUUUCCUUUACGUACAUGUAGAGAUUCGCUGUCCACAGCAAAACCAGAUCUUAUUCGAAGGAUAAAAUCUGCAGGAGCUACUGUGCCAUUUGAUUCCACUUAUGCCGCCACAUCGUAAAAAAAUAGUAUGUCAAAUUGUGAUCUGGCUUCACAAAGCUGUCAGAUUUCAAUUUUUUUUACAUUUGCGUUUUCAUAUUUAGACUGAAGAUUUUUCCCUCUGUCGACCAAUCAGGCUGCAGCCCUGAUGGGAGGUGUGUGACAGUUGACCAAUCAGGUGCCAUUAUUCCUGUAAGAGGUGUAUGACUAUUAACUAAUCAGACUCCAGCCUCGUCAAGUCAGUGUUUCAUUUCAAACCUUUUAACAUUUGCAGUGGCGUAAAAAUGUGACUUUGAAUUUGUGAAAUUUGAUUGGUAGCUUUUCACCUUCAUCACUAUUUGCUGCUCAGAAACAGAAACAGAGUCAGAGUCCGCCAGGUGCUGCAUCGAUCACAUGACGCCCCCCAAAAUCAAAUCGUAUUCUUCUUUAACAACCAUAAUACAAUUAAAAUGUGCAUUUUUUCAUGUUGCAGCAUCGAACAAAACACUGAUGGCAAACUGAAAGUGAGAUGAUUCCACAGAUGCUUCGUGAUCUUUAUGGCUGUGAGGUUCACGUGUUGAUGGGAGAUUUCAGCCGCCGCCACGUCCACUGUCUGAAAAUGUGAAGUUGUGAUUUAGGUCUAGUUUUUUUUUGAGUACAACUGGGCCUCACUCUCUGAACCUGUUCUAGAUCCAGCUAGGGCUGUGCUUUGUAUAGUGUGUUUGAAGCUGUCGCUGUUAUAAACAAAAACUUAACUUAUGGGCUGAAAUUACAGAAAUGAUUGACCUGCAAUCCUGCAUGUCUCCUAAGAAAUAAUGUGUGACAAAAAUAAAGACUUUCAACUUUCA